UUUGCUUUUGCUUUCCUUCGGGGGGAGGCAAGACUGCGUUUUACCCCCAGGCGCGUAUAUACCCCCAACGACGGCGAUAGCUCUCCUCCCACCCUCGAGCCCCCUUCCCGCAGUUUGAUUUCGAUGGCAAGGGGGGCGAGAGGGAGAGGCGGAAAACGCCCCCGCCAACGCAGACUCGACAAUAAUGCGGCCUCUCAUGGCCCGCCCACCCGGGCGCACCAGCAAGCAAACCGUCCCGACCCUGUCUAUCGACCUCCCUUACAUCUGAUCCUCAAGACGGAUCGAACUUGUAAUGACGUAGGGAAGUUAGGUUCGGCUCAACCUGUCUCGGGCAGAUCCGAGAGGGAAUGGGGUCGGCCUGCGGCGGCGGUGGCGGCGGUGGUUUUCCAUUUUCCUAAAUUUUCUUUUCCUUUUCCUACGCUCUUCGGUCUACGGCAGGGAAUUAAUGACGAGCUAACGACACGGAACGACUAUAAAAUUGAAAAAAAGCCAGCCGAAGUACGACCGAUCCAAUCGAUCCGUCAACUAAGCCGGGCCCAAAUCCAAAAAAAAAAAUUUUUCAUCCAGAACAGACGGGACGGGACACACAGAGACCGCACGGCGAGAAAAAGAAAUGUGAGAGAAAAAAGAAGGUCCAUGUACAUACAUAGUUUGAGGGAAUGGGGCGGGCUACAGUGUGUAGUACGCCUCAUAUAUAUUAGUUCCCUCGACUGCCCCUGGCUUGGCUUGCUUUGGUGACUGAGUGAGUGAGCGUUGGUAUGUUACCUAUCGUAGUAGACUCGGUGUGCUUAAGCUAGUAGACCGCCGGUGCGGAAAGAAAAGGCGCAAGCCAGGGAAUCAGUUCAGCGACUCUAGAGGCAACGAAACACA